ACGCGCCACAGUGUAGUCCGGCUCUGCUGCGUUACCCGUACCAUAAUGGCGGCGUGCUUCACACAGCGGGUGGUACUCCUGGCGGCUGUCUGCACUCUUCUCAUCACUCUCUCAGGUGCCAUAGACUACCAUGGACCCUUACUCUCGAAAUUAGCUGCUGCCGAGCAACUGGGUGAAGGGGCGCCCCGAGCUCCUCGGGCAGCGUUUGGCCCACCGUACGGGGGCGGCUUCGGCGGCGGUCGCCACCACCCGGGCUUCGGCGGCGGCUUCCACCAACCCGGCUGCGUUCUCUGCGCCGGCGGAAGACCCGGCGGCAUCUCCGGCUCCUUCAGCAAAUCCAGCAGCAGCUCCUCCAGUGGAUCUAUCAACUUUGGUCGAAAGAAGUAAAGCAGCAAUCGCGACUUCGAGAAACGCAGCACGCAACUUUUAACAAUCCAUUUCAUUUCAUUGAAACCCACUCUCUAAAUAAAGACAAUUCACACCGUGAAAAA